AUGGCGGGUCGUCGUAGCUCUGCUGGGCUGCUGGUGUGUUUCCUGGUGGCGCUGUCACUGGCCACGCUGGCGUUUCUCUUCUUCUCCGUGCUCCUGGGCUUGCCUCUCACAUCCAUCGGCGAUCCCACCAGCCGCAGCAGCAGUGACAGUGGCAGCGGCAGUGGCAAUCACCACCUCUUUGAUGACGACGUGCUGUUGUCGCUGUCAUCGAAUCACAAGCCAGCAACCAAACGCGUGGCGAUGAUGAUGGGUGUGCCUGCAGGCAUAGACGAUGAUGUUGUGGCUGACAUCGUUGACGACUUCGACAACCUUGAAGACGAGAAGCAGAGGACAGGCGGAAGUCAUAGCCUGCUUCAGGGCGAUAGCACGGCUGACAAGGCAGCUGACAAAGACACGUACCCUCGCGUGCUGGUGCUGGUGCUGGCAACGGCUAGUGCCGAGAGUGUUGAGCGGGUGCAAAGCAUCGUGCGGCACUGGCCCAAUCACCCAAACGUCGACUUGGCCAUCGUCGCCCGCGGGCUUGAGCUGGACGACAUCCUUACACCCACAGCAGCCGCGGAACCACCAGCACAACAACGGCAGGGCAAGGUGAUGUUCCUGCACGUUCCAGAAGAGGUGGACGUUGUGCCACGCGACCAGCUCCGGCUCAAGGUGUUUGCCAUGUGGCAGACAGCAGCAAACCUGCACGGCGACAACUACGACUUCUUCUUCAAGGUUGAUGACGACACCUUUGUGGACGCGCUCGCGCUCCUGGCCAUGCUGAGCCAUUUGGACGCAAGCAAGCACGUGUACCUUGGGCGUCGCGCAGGGCUUGUGCAGCUGCCGCGUGCCUUGGCCAAACACAUCCCGCUCUCCUUCCUGGUCCCUACAGAGCCGAGCCACCUCCUCUUCUACCACGGCGGUGGAGGCUACAUUGUGUCUCGGCCACUCCUGCAAGCCAUGAGCCGGCACCUCCCAGCGUGCACGCAGCUGCCGCACCCCUGGGAGGACGCGGCGUUUGCCGUGUGCGUGGUCGUGGCUGUUGGGGCGGUCGACCUUGAAGAACUGCCCGGGUUCGACCCGUUUGUCAACGGCAAGGACGAUCGAGCCAACGAGAAGGUGCUGGACAAGUUGCAGGCAACGACGGAAACCACGUUCAAGGUGCCAAGUCUCUUGCUGCACGUCUCCUUCCACUCUGUGACGCCAACGCUGGCUGCCAGCCUCGCUGCUCGCCUCAGACCCUUGCACGCGUCCACACCGCUGCCGCGCCUGCGCGCUGCCUGGCGCGCUUACAUGCGAGCGAACCGCCUCGUCUACAGCAUCAACGCCGCCUGUAGAGACAGCGAUGGGGCGCUGCAAGCACAUGAGCAGACGACAUGCUUUUCCAACGCGUUUCUGCUACGCCCGCGCCUGCUGCAGCACUUCAACACAGAGUCGCCCGAAUACUGCUUCCCUCCAAGCGACAGUGGUGUUGGCAGCCGACAAUCCGCGUCUUCAAUACUCACAACGGCAACAGAAAGUCCUACAAUUGCUGCCGCUUCUGCCAACGUGCUGACGGCUCUUGAGGCACACAAGACCAAUGCCAACAGAGGUCACAACGGCGGC